AUGUACAUGUGUAAGAGAGAGAGAGAAGAACUCUUCAGGCCGUAGUUGACCCUAUAUGAAAAGCGAGAACUGUGGCACACAAUCCUCGAAAAUAGGGGGAACGUGAGUCUGGUGGCAUAGAGAAUGGGAAAACCUCAGGAGACAAUAGAGUAGGAUUUAUUGGAGAUAUUUGUGGAAUGCCUAUUAAUAGUCAAUGAUCAUUUGGGAUAAAGCAAGAACGAAGCAAUAAUAUAGAAAUUGAAGGUGGAGAAUGUGGUGUCGGUAAUACAAUUGGCAUCCAGAAACAAUUCCUAUUACACAAGUGUGAAGAAUCUCAACUUAUUAUUGAACAUGAUUCAAUGUGCAUUGUAGCAGGACGAUUUGGAAAAAAAUUUGAGAGAUUUAUAAAAAUAAUCUAAAUUUGAAUGUCUAUUUUUUGAGAUCAGAUGUUUAUUCUAGGAACAAAUAAACGAUCUAUCAGAUGACGAAUAACCGCAAAUUGUGAUCGUGAAUAAUGAUGUACAGACCAAUGGCACAUUCAGAGACAUGUAUAUAGAUUUGGAUUUGCCAUAAGAGGAGCAGAGUAAGCAGGACAAGAGGAACACAAUAUCGGAUAAGCAAUUUCUAACUCAAUUGAACAAGAUAAUGGCAGAGAAGUAAAUUCCGUAUUGGGAAUAGGUAGUCGUAAGAUGGAAUCUUAUGCAAAAUAUAUUUAAUAAUUGA